GGCAAGUCUGCUGGCUCAGAGAAGGGAUUAUUAGCUGAGGCAGAAAGUCCUCCUCAAGACCAAAAACAAGAAGUAGAGGAGGAGGUAGAAUCUUGUACAACUCAACCUGUUGUUAGCAGUGGUGAUAAGGAUCCAGAGACUGAACAGUCACAAGAGUCACCUUCCACCACUUCUCCAAGCACCCUCAAGAGCAAGGCUCGACAUUCAGAGGGAAAGGGCCUCUCUCGCCUCUUUUCCUCUUUCCUGAAGAGACCCAAGUCCCAAGUGUCUUCUGAUGAAAAGGAAGUUGAACUGUUGGUGGAAAAGGGACAAGACCAAAAGGAUGUUGAUGAGGGUUUGGGAGAGCAGUUAGAGGAUGAUGUUUUUUUAAAGGCCCCUAUUGCAGCCCCAGAGCCUGGACUUCGAACUGACCCAUCACUAGACCUUAAUUCUUUAAGUAGUGCAGAAACCCAGCCAGCUCAAGAGGAACAGAAAGACGACCAAGACCCAGAAGGGGAUUGCGAGGACUUGGAAGGCAAGGAACAGAUAAUAAAACCUGAAGGAGAAUCAAAAGCCUCACAAAAAGUAGUUAGGCGUUCUCCCAACAUGCGCUGCAAAGUCACGCUUCUCGAUGACACUGUUUAUGAGUGUAACUUGGAGAAACAUGCAAAGGGACAGGACAUAUUUAAGAAAGUCUGCAGCCACCUUAAUAUCAUGGAGGAAGAUUAUUUUGGAUUGGCAAUGUGGGAAUCUCCAACUUGCAAGGUCUGGCUUGAUCUUUUGAAGGACAUCCAGAAGCAGGUUCAUGGAGGUCCAUGUGAAUUCACUUUCAAUGUGAAGUUUUAUCCCCCUGAUCCUGCACAGUUGUCAGAGGAUAUUACCAGAUACUACAUGUGUCUCCAGCUGCGCAAAGAUAUUUGUAGUGGUCGUCUUCCCUGCUCAUUUGCCACUCUUGCUCUGCUCGGUUCUUAUACUGUGCAGUCCGAGGUGGGUGACUAUGAAGAGGAUCUCCAUGGUGUAGACUAUGUCAGUGAAUUUAAACUCAGUCCAAAUCAGACUAAAGAUCUUGAGGAGAAGGUUGUGGAGCUUCAUAAGUCAUAUAGAUCUAUGACCCCUGCCCAAGCUGACCUGGAAUUCCUGGAGAAUGCCAAAAAGCUUACCAUGUAUGGCAUAGAUAUUCACCAAGCUAAGGACUUAGAGGGAGUGGAUAUCAAGCUUGGUGUUUGCUCUGGUGGUCUUAUGGUCUUCAAAGACAAUCUGAGGAUUAACCGGUUUCCAUGGCCGAAAGUAUUGAAAAUCUCAUAUAAAAGAAGCAGUUUCUUCAUCAAAAUCCGCCCAGGAGAGCAGGAGCAAUAUGAAAAUACAAUAGGAUUUAAGCUUCCCAGUUAUAAGGCAGCAAAGAAACUUUGGAAAGUAUGUGUUGAACAUCAUACAUUUUUCAGGUUGACAUCCUCAGAGUCUAUUCCCAAGCACAGGUUUAUCUCUUUAGGAUCCAAAUUUCGCUACAGUGGGCGCACACAGGCACAGACUCGGCAUGCCAGUGCUCUUAUUGAUCGACCUGCUCCCCAUUUUGUGCGCACUGGCAGCAAACGGGCCUCUCGCAGUCUUGAUGGAGCAAAGCCAGGCCAUGUCUCAGUUCAGUUCCAUAACUUAGAAGAUACAGAAAAUGAUCUGGAAGUAACUGAGGUAGAGGACAGAAAGCAGUCCAUACCAGCAGUCAUCUUUUGUCCAGAAAAGAUAAUAAUGGAGAACAGUGAUAAUGAUGGUGAUCUCAUGUUAAAGAACAAAAGAGAUGGAGAUGAACAUAUCCCAUUAGGGCAUAAGGAAACAGAGCAGCCAGCUGCAGUUGCAACCCCAGAAGCCUCCAGGAGCCACCGCCCUGUAUCAGCCCCAGUCUUCCCUCAGAGAGAAGUCAUUCCACAGCCUGCAGCCCAAAGAAAGACUCCAGUACCCAGAGCAGAGAAUAUUUCCAGAAAAACAGAGGAGAAGCCCAAAGAAAGAGUGCAAAUUCAGCGUGAAAGUCCUGAGGAUGUUAAAGCUACACAGCAAGAUUCAGCUUCAACUACUGCCAAUGGGGAUCCAAUUAAGCCGCCAGCUGAGAGAGACGAUGAAAUAGUACGCAUGAGGAAGAAAAGAGCAAGGAAACUAGAGGGUGAAAACAUUUAUAUCAGACAUAGCAAUUUAAUGUUGGAGGACCUGGAGAAGACUCAGGAUGAGAUCAACAGACACCAUGCUAGCAUCCGUGAGCUGAAGAAGAGUUUCAUGGAGUCUGUGCCAGCACCCCGGCCCAGCGAAUGGGACAAACGACUUUCUACCCACUCCCCUUUCCGUACUCUCAGCUUCAAUGGCCAGGUUCAGACUGGGUCAGAUGGGAUAAAACAAGCUGUUGUAUUACCAACUGAACGGAAAGUUUACAGUUCAGAGACUCAGGAGGAGCCUUCAGUGCAGGGUGAAGACUCUGAAAAGCAACUGGGGACAGACCGACGGGGUCUCCUCCCGAAAGUCUCCAUCCCAAUGCCAGAGGAAAAAUCCAUGGAGAAGUGCCGUCUGCACCUACUCCUUCUUCCUAACCCACAAAUUCCAUUUCUUAUGUCCUUUCUCCUUUUCCUAGCGGUGACACUUUGGUGGCUGUUGUUUUUGUGAGCACUUAUCUGUCGGUUUGUCAUUUCCCUCUGUAAUAUUCUGUUUUUCAAGUGUAACACUGCAUUUCCACUUCUCACACUAAUCUUAAGUAGGCCUAUUACUUAUAGUUGACUACAGAUAUUGUUUUCUUUAAGGCAGGUAAUCUUGUAUGCCCCUAUAAAAAAGUAAAAUCUAUUUCUACCCACCUGUAUGUCCUGAUGAUCACCCUGUAUGGCAUAGGCCAUAGAAAAAUGCUUAGUCUUACAUUAUACUACUUUUAGUAUUGCAUAUCAGCUGAUAAACUGGACCUUCCCCUAAAGACUCCUGGCACAUGGCAUAUUUGACCACUGUACUAUUGUAGCGGAGAACUGUGGCAGUCAAUAUGCUCCAUGUGUCAUCAGUCUUGACUGAAAUCAGUGUCUCUGCUCCUGCAUCUUUAAUGCUUGAGCAAGUGCUGAGUUAUUUAUACAUUGUUUGUAGUUUUUUUUUUUCGUAAUCUGUCAUUAUUGAAUGCAGAUGCCAAUUUGUUGUUCACUAAAUGAUGUUAUUGUCCUUAAUGUCAAUAUAUAUAGAUGUACAUGUGCAUUAAUAACAGCGAAGUGGAAUUUCGCUUCCACAGUACACUGCCUUUCUUAAAGGUUUUCAAUAAUGGACUGUUACUAAGACUCUUGGUGGCCUUAUGCUUUUAGGUACAACCGUGUUGUAAUAAUAUUAUUAUAAUUGCUCUGUGAAUAUUUGUGAAAAUGCUCCUGAACUAUCCCCUUUUACUGCUCCAUAGUGGCCUUUUUAUCUGUAUACUCGUACCCUAAAUGAGUGAACCAAGAAUCCUUAUUGUUAAUCUGAGCAUGGUGGGCACCUCUUUAUUUAGCCAUUUCCUUUGUAAACAUAAAGGAGGAGAAACUAUUUAAAGAGACAUGUCGGCACAUUGUGAAGUUUUGCUCUAAAUAUAUGAUGAUACACCUCGCUGCAAACAUUUAAAUAGUGUUGCAAUUACUUCCAGGAAGCAUAUCAUUGCCUGUAAAGUGUUGAGUCUGUUCCUAGACUUACAUGCAUCCGUAAUGUCUUUUUUUUUAAUUGUACCUGGCAUUGCAGCUCUGUGGCACCAAAAAGAAAAGACUGCGAGACAUUGCACAUGUAAACGUUGUCAUUCCAGAUAUUCUCUAUCAACUGCGUCUCUUACUUAACUUCACCAAAUGACUGAAUUAGUACAUAUAAACAGAUCAGAAGAUAGAAGAAAUGAUAUUUAAUAUUUAAUUUAUGGAAAUGAAUAUCAAUAAAUGCCAUUUAUUUACAUGGUCUUAUUAGUGUAUCUUUUUUUGAUAUUAAAGUUUAACAAUUCCAAGAUUAACACCAGAAAAAUAAUUUUAAACUAGACAUGUAAUUUUUAUCCAGUAUCCAGAGGGAGAUCUUUACCGCUAUAGAGGAAGCAUGUCUAGGUCCUGCUGUUCCCUGGGCCCCCCGCUGACCACAGGGUCUGCUUCCUCUAUAGUUACACCGCUGCCACUGUUCUUUGCCAGAGGACAGAACCCCCCUCCUGUAGCUUAACCUUAAGGGGCAGAUUCACUAAAGGGUGAAUUGUCACCAGAGAACGCUUUGUCACACUUCACCAGGUUAAAAUUUGUUACCACUAGGCUAAUUCAUUAAAAUGCGAACGCUGGCAACUUUUCGCUACCGUUACUUUGGCAGAGCAUUUCAAAGCGAAAUUUGCCGCAUUUGGCCCCGGGCCACACUUUGGACAUGCCUGUCUUACGCUUAGAUCAAUUUGAAUAGGGUGGGUACAUUAAUUACUUUUUACAACUUUAAUGAAUUUCCGACAGGAUAUGAUGUAAUUGACAUAAAACUGAGGAAGCUGGUGAUAAAGUGCAAACGAACAAAAGUGCAAACGAACGCUAGCGAGUGAAUUGCCGCCUACACCUGUAAAUUGCUGAUGUGCUUGCAGAUGGGGUUUCUGGCGAAAUGACGCUAGCCACUUUGCCCUUUAGUGAAUCUGCCCCAAUGUCUCCGGUCUGAUUUGUGUUAGACAUAUUAAAGUUCUGUUUUUAUGGGACACGUUCUCCAGCCAUCUCUCUUCCCCUCUUUGAAGCCCCCUGGACACUUCACAUACAUGAUUUUAUUGAGGUUGAUUUGCAUUUUACCAUUUUUAUCUGAGAUUUUUCAUAUAAAAGUCAUAUUCAGAUUUGAUGGACAGUUAGGUCAAAUCCAUUGGUGUGUGCUUGCUUCCAUUGCCUAGACCAGUGCUGUUCAACUGUAUACAUUCUGCAGGUCUAGAUCUUGCAGCCCGCAAAGCUCCGGUGAAUUAAUGCAGUUUACCUAAAGCAUAAACUUUUAGAGAAGCGCAUGCCACACUACCCAACUACCAUCAGACGAUCAGCAAGUUUUCUCAUCAUGUCUGCACAAAGGACAAAGUGAGGGGGAUCAAAGUGAGAAAGAGUGCUGUGUGGUGGGCAGGCUGAGGGGUGACAGUGAAGAAGUUCAGGAGUACAUGAAGUUACAGAGCUUAGCAGAAUGAGGCAUGGGAGAUAAAAAUGCAACUGAAGAAAAAAGGUGAAUGGAUAAUAAAAUAAAUAGUAAGGAGAGUAGAAUGUAGAGGAGAGGAAAAUUGGGAGAAGAAGGAAGAUAAAUAAUGCAAAGGAAGCAGUAGAAAAGGAAGGAGGGGAAGGUAGUGCCAGUGCAGGAUUUUUAACGUUCAUGUGCCAUUAAGGUCCACUAAAAAUCAGUUGGGUAGCCAUUAGCUUUGUUUAUUGGAGGAAGCACAAGGACAUAGUCAGUGGCACCUGCUUAGUAUUGGAAAAUCCCUGGUGGGCCCUAGUCUGAUCGGGUUUAUUCCCCCGAGCAUUAACUCAAUACUACCUUUUCCAUGUUCUACUUUUUUAUUUAUUUCCCAGCAGUAUGUCAGAGAAUGCUUUGACCUCAAUGUUUUGUGGGUUUCACACUGUUACUCCAAGGUGCCUGGGGGAUGCCACAUCAUGAAAAUAAAUAUAGAUAAGCAAUUGAAUCCAGGCUAUUACUUAGGUAGGAUUGCCCAUGUGGAUGUCAUAAUCUGGACUGUAAACAGCAUAGGAAUAGAGAGGUUUGGAGUGGUACGAAGCUUGCUAAUGGCUGGUGGGACUCACUUUUCUGGCUGUACACUAGGAAGCAGUGAGUUUAUACUUUAAGGGAGAGGACUUGUGAUAGAAUGUUUUCUCAAAUAUGUGAUAACCUUCUUUCUAGUAGUUUCUGUUAAGUGUAGACUAAAAGUAGUGUUAACAUGAGUCUGGUUUAAAGGGCAUGAUUAAAUGGGAUGUGGUCAAUGCUUGAUUCCAUUAGCUGCCCUCCACUACUUAGGCCAGGAAAAUUUGGCCCUCGGUUUCAAAGAAGUUGGACAGCGCUGGCCUAGACAAUAUAUUAGUGCAAACUGUUUCAAAUAACUGCCUGACCCAAAGCUGCAUGUAGUGACACCCAACUGCUGAGAGGAGGAUUUUAUUGAGGCUUUUUAUUUCCGUGAGAUAAAACUCAUUAACUUUUACUGUAUGUCAUUCAUAAGGAUACUCUUUAUGGUAAAAAUGCAGUCCCUAGAUAUUUUCAUUAUACAUGUAUAGGGUGUCUGUUCUGCAAGCAAUGCUGAGGGCACCUGGUGGGUUGUACAUUGGACACAGACAAUUUGCAGAAAUGAUUCCCUCUUCAUAUGAGGGCACCAGUAUUUUAGCAUCACUCUUUUUGGUAGAUAACCAAACCAGCACAAGAACAUGCAGGAUCUUAGAAGUGUUACUUACAAACCAUUGUUUCCUGCCUUAUUGAGAUGAUAGAAAAUGGUUUAGUAUUGUUAUCCAUGAUAGAGAUAUUUAUAUGAAAUACUCAAAACAGGGUUGCAAUCAUUUUUAACCUUUGAUUGUGGAGGAAGCAUUUGUUUUAAUCAAGUAUGAAUGUAUACUGGAUUAUUUUAUUUGUAUAGCACUACUUGCUGUACAGUAGAAAUUAAUUUAUAUAAUAAGAAUAGUAAUCAUUUUUGAUUUGCCUCAAAGUUAUUUUCAAAAUGUUAUGGUGAAUUUAGUACUUUGAUGGAAUUGUUUAAAAUGUGUUUAUUUUCUUGAUUUAAGGAUAUGUUUCCUGUCCAGGAUUUGGCUGAAUCCCAGAGAUUUAUAAUGGGUUUGAUUAAAUCCUUAGUUUUUCAGCCAAAAAGCAAGUCACAUAUCUUUAAAUCUCUGAAAAAUUUGAGAAACUGUGCACGACCAAAUAUUUGGAUUUGGUGCAACACUAAAAUAAUUUGUUUUGCUUUACAUGAAUUGUAUGUAGAGAACAUUUGUCUCCAUUGAUUUAAAAAAGUAUACUCACAGACAGCACCAGCCACAGGAUUUUUUGGUUUAAAACGCCUUUAUUGGAACAUGGGCUCUGACCCAGAUAUUUAGCACCAUUGAUUUAAAUACCAAUACGAAGAAAUGAAUGUUUGGGUGAUAUAAUCAUAACUGCCACAAUUCUUGGAUUUAGCUGUAUGGAGAAUACAUUGAAAGAGCCUCCUAGGCUUAUUACUUUUAAUACAGCCAAGGCAAACAAUAUGUCUGUUCCUAGUAAGGCAUAAAAGUAAGAGGUGUGUAAAUGUUCCCUGCAUAGCAUUUAUAGGGACACAACAUUUCAGCCACAGUUGCAUGUACCACUGCGCCUGCAGCUGUGAAUGAAGUUCAUUGUCUAAUUACUUGAAAAUCUUUUAUUACGUGUGAAGGUGUUUUCCAAUUUUCACUAUUGCCUUUGAUAUAUCUUUGUGGCUAUAUUUUUGGCAAUAAAGUACAAAAUUCAAACAUCUUAUUGGUUGCUAUGGGCACUGCACCUUGACAGUUGUGUAUGUUGUUUCUCAGUGCACACCUUUGUUAGGUGCAGCACAAGAUAUGAUUCCUGUCCACUCUUGAAAAAGGUUUGAUGCCAGCUUUUCACAUUUUGAAUGUAUGUGUUCAGAGGCCUGUGAUGUAUAAACUUGCCAGUAAGCAUCCAGAAGUUGUACCCUUUUUUGUGUGUAAAUCAUGCUCUAUUCUUUAUCACCCCUCUGUCAGUGUUCAGGUGGUUAAUGUGAAAAUCAGAUUUCCACACUUGUAUUUAACAGUCCAGUUCUUUAGCUCUACAGCUUUCCCUAGAAGCCAAAGACAUACAUUUUGUCCGCAAGGUAAUGAGUGCAUGUAGUACAUGAUUUAUUUAUUUUUUAAUUUAAAGUUUGUAAUUCCAUCUCCAACUCUCUGCAGCCUCCACUGGUGAAAACA